CUUAACAUAGUCAUCCUCAAUCUUAUUCUUCCGACCUGUUCGGAUAAUUUCAUCUAUGCACCCUAUCUUCCUCUUCAGACCUCUCCCUGGUGGGACCAAAGAUGAGGCACCACAAGGGGGAGCAGUAACAAUGCCUGCAAGUCUACUCUUACAAGAACCAAUAGGAAAUCCAAGUGGGGAUGGGUCCUUGUGGAGAGCUCAGAUACAUAUCUUAUCCAAAAAGCAAUGGAACGUGGAGGUUUCCAAGGAUUGGGGAGUUCCAAUGCUACGACAAGGCAUUGAAGAGAACCUUGGGCUUUUCGUUCUCCCUCCGAAGCAGAAACAUGGACUCACCCUUGGUCGUCGAUACUUGCUCAAGCGAAGGAGAAUGAAGGAGAAGAAGAGAGACAGCAUCGAAGAUCAGUGUGUUGGGAUUUGAGAGUGAGAGAGCUAUGUUGAUGAAGGCAUUUUAUAACGAUUUUACAGGAGUG